CGGGCGCAAACCGCGCCUGCGCUGGCCUGAGCGUCGCCAGAGGAGGCCGCCAUGCCGCUGCGCGCCCGGCUGUACAGUGUGUUCUUCCGCCGCACCUCCACCUUCGCCCUCACCAUCGUGCUGGGGGCCCUCGUCUUCGAGCGCGUCUUCGACCAGGGCGCGGACGCGUUCUACGAGCGCCUGAACCACGGGGUGAGGGGCCGCGGCAGAGCCCGCGCGCGCCCUAGGCCGGGGGGCUGAAGAAACUGUGGAAACACAUCAAGCACAAGUAUGAGACACAAGAAGAGUGAAGUGAGAGCUGCAGGAGUCAUGCGGGGGUGCCUGUACCCCAUGUGCAACUCUUCAGUUGCCUGAUACCAGUUACCAAGAAUGAGAAUGGGCUUCUGACUGAAGAAAUCUGAGCCAGAGUACAUCACCAACUUCAUAAAGAUUUCUGCCACAGAUGGACUUAGGGAUUUACUCCUGCUGUGUUAAAACAUUCUGUUAAACUAAUAAACUCACUAACCAAUA